AUGAAGGAGGUUGGAGUGGACGUUCUUGAUCUACUUGCAGGGUGGCAUCUUCUCAGCAGAUCUGGUGCGCCGAGGCGGACCCAUAUCCAGCUGAAGAGUUUGUGCCAGGGUUCGCUCAACUACCAAAAAGUAUCGCAGGCCCUUCUCAAGAUGUUUGGCGGCGAUCACAAGCCAAACAUUCGAGAUUUGCUCAAGGUCGGCACCUCGCAGGGCGAGAACAGCUAUUUGACGGAAGAGGGUGACGAGGCCUACUUCUACGAAGACACUGACUUCCAUGGCGAGGACGAUUGGAACUACGACGAGGACGUGUACCAGUCCGAGAGCAACUACAUGAACCACCAGAGGAGGAUCAACAGCUACCAGCUUCUCGACAACCACGCAGAGAACGCUCAAGAUCCCAGCGCUGAGCAAGUCCUGGCAGGGAUAAUCCGUGCCCGUGCUCGGGCUCUCGACGGGCUUCCCCCUUUGACAAAGGCUCUCGAAAGCAUGCCAGACAACAAGUGGACCGGUGACAUGGACCUCGACGAUGACGCUCUCCUUGUGGCUACCGAGCUCGAUGAGAAGCACAGUGCAUGGAUAAAGACAAGCACCUCAGAAAAAGCAGUACCCAUGAGUUUUCUUCUCAAGCACAGGGACAAAGGCGGAUCCAAAGUUGCCAAUGCCCGCAUCAUCCUCCAAGGCUUCCGGCACUCCGACGUCACGACAGAGAAGUUGGACACUGAGCCGAUCGAAUUGAUCAUGAAGUCCGUAUCUUUGCUGUGCCAAAUUCUGACAUCAGACAUCAUCAGACGACGUCUUGCUCGACUCAUUGGCCUGAGGGACGACGAGAUCAUGAGGAUUUCGAAGCCCGCUUCUGGCGAUGUACGAGCGCCUCGACAGUGGUACUCGACAGCAGACCUCGUGGACACGGAUGAGAUGAAGCUGGCGCGACAACGCUUGGACAAGUGCCUCUACCUCAAUGUUCGCAAAGCUGUGGGUGGCGAUGAAAAGUUUCGAGUUUUCAAUCGGAAUGGCGCCGCCUACGUUGUGGACGGCAUCUGUGGCAUCCACGUCGACGACUUGGUGUCUGGCGGUGAAGGUGUCAACAGCAAGGCCGAUGUCGAGCAACAGGGUCCGGAGCAUUUUGUCUGCUACAAAGAUCGUGCUCAGACGUUGCUACACCGCUUCCCUUUUGGGAGCGUGGACUUCACCCGCAACCAGGCCUUCUGCGACAUCCAGCUCGAGCAGGGCAUGGCUCACGACUCCGUUGCCAUUGUUGUCGGCUUCUGCUUCGCUCUUGCAAUCCACAACCACGGCGACUUCUCCGAAUUGGUCUUUGGCGUCUACACAGACGCGGCCUGGGCAGUUUGCCCAGAUGGGUCUUUGCAAGAUAGAAUGGUCAUCUUUGUUGCGAGCAGGCAGGAAGUGGAGUCGGGCAAGCCUUUUCCUCUGACUGUGCUGGACUGGUCGUCAAAGAAAUUGACGAGGGUCUGCCGAUCUUCCUUUUCGGCAGAGACGCAAGCUGCAGCCAACGCCGUCGAUGAGUUGGACCGGGCUCGCACAGUUUGGCAUCUCAUGGUGUGGCUGUUCAAGGACCUCAGCAAGGUCACCGACAACAACUCCACGGGCGCCAGCGCCAUCACGAAUGCGAGGUCCUUGUAUGAUGCCGCGAACUCCAUGAGCGCAGGCCUCAAGCUCACGAAGCGAAGAUGCGCCAUCGAACUCACCAUGUCUACCGAGCGCUUGAAAGCAAUGGGCAGCUGA